AUGGACAACGUUUCGGUAUCGUCGGGGUCCUCGUCCGCUGACGGCGACGAACUGUCGGCCGUGCUCAAUCGCCGGCAGAAGAUCAACGAGGCGCUGGAGGACGGAAAACCGGUGCCACGACAGUUCAACAGGCGGCCGUCCACUAAAAACGUGUUCCUCGAGUUCAAGGAGUUCUCGCGUAAGCAGAUCAACGAAUACGAGGCGACAUUCAAAAAAUUCGAUACUGGCAAAGAUGGAUACUUAGACUUGGGAGAGUUGAAACGGAUGAUGGAAAAGCUGGGUGUUCCGCAAACUCACCUGGCGCUCAAAGCCAUGAUCAAGGAAGUCGACGAAGACUGUGACGAUAAAAUAAGUUUUAGAGAAUUUUUGCUGAUCUACCGCAAAGCGUACGACGGUUCGUUGCCCCUGGACUGCGGCCUCAACGAGCUGGCCCGACUGACGGAAAUCAACGUUGACGAAGUCGGCGUGAUCGGCGCCAAAGAGUUUUUCGAGGCCAAGAUUGAGUAUCAAGGCAUAGCGAACCGGUUCGAGUACGAACUACGACAGGAGAUUGAAGAGAAGAAACGGUCAGAAGACGAGAUGUCCAAACGAAAAAUUGCGUUCAAGGAGAAGACUGCUAUUUUUCAAUAA